CAACUUGCAACUCAAGCUAUUGGACAAUUGUGACUGAUUGGCCCCAUGGUACGGGUCGCGCUCCUCGGGUUUUAUUGCCUCACGCCUGAACUUGUAAGAACUUGUCAAGACGACGACGGCAUUCUACAAGUGAGCUAUAUUGUGUAGUCCAGUAGAAUUCAGUGACAUUUACAUGCUUGGCAGCGGCUUAACGGUAACAAACCCCAGGCCGUGAUAACAAAUUUGACAUCGCUAGGUUUAUUUUCCAGCGUUUCAUACAACACUCGUGCGUGCUUUCAUCAAGAUGGGGCGAUUGUUCGUGAUUCUUCUUGAACUCUGUAUGAUAGUCGUUACCUACGUGGACGGUACUCCUACCCUAUCGUCGUCUGGCGUGCCUCAACUGUGCCUCAAUGAGGGUAUUCUGGCUUACGAGGAUGCGCCGCCGAGCGGGUUCAGUGUGAACCUACGCGACAGCAUCGAGCAGUUGCAAGGUCUGAUAGACUCUGGCUGUUCUAACACCUUUGGUCGGUUCCUGUGCACGGCCCACCUCCCUCGACUGGAUCUGGUCCGCUAUGGGCUGCACGACAAGGAAGUCUACCUGCGGCCCUGCUCCGAAGUCUGCCGGGCCGUAUGGCGUGAUUGCCGGCUCACCGCCCGCCAGCUUCGCAUCGAACGCACACCGGAGUUUGACUGCAGCAAGAACUUUCAAUCAGAGAAGAAAGGCGCAUGCCUGUCCUACCUGCAUCCACCGAUGGACCAGCCUAUGAUCGUCAACGGCACCAGGCUCAACGCGACCAGCGUCUCCAUCCUCUAUACUCCGCCUAAGGAAGGCUCCAGAACGGAGGCAUUUCGCGUCACCUACAACGACACCGCAUCGUGGGGGGAAGCCUUUUUCACCACCCCCCGAAGCCGAUCGUACCACACGUUGAACAUCACUGACCUGAUGAGUGCAGAGGCCUUCAAAUUUGAAGUUGCCGCCUUGAACAACUUCGGGAAUGGUCCUGGAACGGUUUUAAGAGUACCGGCGUUUCAGGGUAUUCCCGACAUUGGAAGGACUUGUGAAGACAUCACUGUCCCGAUGUGCAAGUCGGGUUUAGACUACCAGCAGACCGCCAUGCCGAAUAGUCUAGGUCACCUAACCCAGGAUGACGCCGGUCUUGAGAUUCACCAGUUCUAUCCUUUGGUGAAAGUUAAUUGUUCCACGUACCUCCAGACGUUCCUGUGUGCCAUGUACCUUCCUAGAUGUUCCAGUGGUUCCGGAGGCACACAGCUGCCCUGUAGAGAUCUCUGCGUGCUGGCGAGGAACGGUUGCAAGGAGUUGAUGAACAAAUUUGGCUUUUCGUGGCCGCAAAGUAUGACGUGUGAGAAUUUCCCCAGCUACGAUGAAGGGAAUGACUGUUACUUAGGCGGUAUUCCCGACACUGGAACGGGUUGUGAAGAAAUCACUGUCCCGAUGUGCAAGUCGGAUUUAGACUACCAGCAGACCGCCAUGCCGAAUAGUCUAGGUCACCUAACCCAGGAUGAGGCUGUUCUUGAGAUUCACCAAUUCUGGCCUUUGGUGGAAAUUAAUUGCUCCGACUACCUCAAGACGUUCCUGUGUGCCAUUUACACUCCUAGAUGUACCAGUGGAUCCAGCCGCACAUUGAUGCCCUGUAGAGAUCUCUGCGUGCAGGUGAGGGAUGGUUGUGAACAGCUGAUGAUCACUUAUGGCUUUUCAUGGCCGGAAAGUCUGUGGUGUGAGAGUUUUCCUAGCUACGAUGAAGAGAAUGACUGUUACUUAGGCGGCGCACCUGUGCUUGAUGUGGGGACCAAUGAUCGAUGCGAAGACAUCAGUGUGUCCUGGUGCCGGUCUGCUUUGGGAUACAACCAGACUGCGAUGCCCAAUAGUCUCGGUCACCAGUUUGUGAUUGAUGCUGAGAUGCAGCUUGUGACAUUUACGCCAGUCGUUCAGAACGGGUGCUCGCCUCACUUCAGCAGCUUCAUCUGUUCCUUGUACCUGCCCAGUUGCUACUCAGCCCCGGUACUGCCUUGUCGUGAACUGUGUGAGGAGGCUAGGAAUGGCUGCGCAGAGGUGCUGCUUGAGUUUGGCUUCCAGUGGCCUGAGCAACUGGCGUGUGAAGAUCUGCCGAGCCAUAAUGAUGGAGCUACUUGUUACCUGGGAGAUUUUCAGCCAAUGCCAAUGAACAAGACCGAUUUUAGUCCACCUCAGCCGAAUCAGACGACGGGUACCAUGACAAACGCCACUCUUGCCGUCAAGCCACGCCGUUAUGACACUCACAACCUUGGUGUUCCUUCGCUGUUUCGCGGCUGGGUGGAUGUCCAGGGACAGGGCGCCGCCAACGACUACUGCAGGGUGGUAACCAACUCAACCGGCGGUUACUUUUUGUCCUGCUCUCUAGCCGGGAUGAAGGGCGCCCCCACUGACCUCAACUACAACAGCACAGGGCCCUGGUUCGAUGCCGGUCACAUGGACACGUGGUACAUGAUGGACGUGAACGAAGACGGCAGGGAUGACUACUGCAGGUGUGUUGGCUGCCUGCCGACUACCCACGUCUCAUGCCUGCUGGCCGGUGAGGGCGCUUUCACGGCACAAACGCUCGACUACGAUCCAGUGCCAGGAGGCUGUCACUACAAUACUGUCAACCCGUACUUUGGACGGUAGAGGGCGUUUGGGCAAGGCAGUACAGAACACCACCACGUGUUUGUCUGGUGAAUGCAACUUUUCAACUUGACGGUCGUCAUCAUUAUUAUCUAGCAUUUAUAUACACGACCUUCGUUUUUUUAGCUGCGGCUGAGCAGCUCUACAAGUAGUCAUGACCUCUCCGUUGGUUGGUUGGUUGCCUUUGGUAACAGACGUCGAAAAAUUUAAUGCCGUUUUUGGCCAUGAAUCACCUUGUCAGUACAAGGUCCUCACAACAUAAACAACACGUGCACUAGAGUCAAAACUAGAUGUUUGUACUAAAACACGACUGGGACUGGCACUAUGCUGCACACAAAUUUGAUGUUCCACAAUUAUGUACAAUGUACCAAUGAUAAAACGCUCCAUACAUCAAGUGACAUUCAACAAUUACAAAUCCUUCAUUUCAAGUCACAACUCACAACCACGUGAGACGUAAAGCAUUAUUGGAAUAGACUUGUACAUCAUGUACACGAUUUAUAGGCUGCAACAGGUUAAUACAGUUGGGCCGCAGCUUCCGAGAUCAUUUUGAGCUUAUUUUGUUCGUCAUUGUACACCUUUACGUGACGUGCCUCCCAAGUGCCGACAAUUUUAGGACACAUUUGUUUGCUUACCAAACAAUGUUUGCUGCAAUGAGUUGAUUUUGUGGCCUCAUAACAUGUAACCAGUAUAAGUGUAGGUUAAAUUUUAAGUAGAUUUGUUUCAAUGUUUGAAUCGUACAGAAAUGUUGAUUCUUUAGCUAAAGUCAUGGACUGUAUAUCCACGUAUGAAUUGAGAAUUUGCUGUUACUUUUCUCGAAGAUAAUGCGUCUCGGUCAUGUACUCGUAUUUUGUCGGUGAACUUAAGGCGAACUCCAUCGGCGCGGCUGUUAUAAGACUUGUACGUAAUCGGUCGGGUUGCGACAAAUCUAACGACUUGACGAUUAUGUUCUCGCACCGUUAUUCAUAUACAGUAUGCGUGCAGCGCAAUACAUAUGCAGUGCUUUUUGGCGGUGAGGUCGAAUCGCGCACCGCUAUGCAAAUGAGGACUCAUUCAUUCCGUUAUUGGGGAGUUCUUCUCAAUACGUCGGGGACAUGUUUGCAGAUCGGGCGACGUUUGAACGGCCAAAUCCCUCAACUUGGUCAAUUGUGUGUAGAAAUAAAAUGUAUCAUUGUGAUAUACUUGA